CAACGGGAUUCAGUCAGCUGAGAUUUCACGCCUUUGUUCUAGCUCAUUUGUCAUGGACAUUGUGGUCAGGGUACAUUGUCAUUGAUCAACAGUUGAUGAAGAGGAAGAAGUGCUCGCAUGGUGAUGACUGGUGCACUGAACUUUGCAUUUGUCCAGCUAUCUUCACUUGCAUUCCUUCUUCUUCUUCUGGAAAUGGUACAGUCCACCGUCUGGUGUAUUGUCGUACUGGUUCCUCAUAGUGGUUCUCAUCAAAAGCCUGUUCGGCAACUGGACGAGGGCUGAUAUUGCACUGUUUCGAGCAGUGAACAUUAUUGCCUGACCAGAAGGAUAUUGAGGAUCUACUUCCAUUGGGAAUCUUCAUUUUGUGAGCGAGAGCUUGGAUUAUAUAUAUGAUAUAGAGGAACAAAGAUCAGGAAGAUUUGUCUACACUGUAAGUGUCCCAGGGAGGACCACAUCGUAAUGGCGGUGGACCAAGAGAAGAAUGUCAACCGGAUGAUGACAGAUUUCCAGAGAAGCUCUGCAUCUGAUGAUGAUAGUGGGUGUGUCCUAGAGGAAUACACUUGGAUACCACCAGGGCUUAAACCGGAUCAGGUCCAUCGGUACUUCUGCAGCCUGCCGGACGACAAGGUGCCGUACGUGAACAGCGCGGGGGAGAAGUUCCGCAUCAAGUCCCUUCUGCAGCAGCUCCCGCCCCACGACAAUGAGGUCCGGUACUGCAACGGCCUUGGAGAGGAGGAGAAGAAGGAGUUGAGGAUGUUCAGCAGCCAGAGGAAGCGGGAGGCGCUGGGGAGAGGAGCAGCCAGACCCAUACCCAUCACCCUGACAGCAAGCAUAUGUAACCAGUGCGGUGGUGGUAUCAGCGCUGGAGACAUCGCGGUCUUUGCCUCUCGAGCCGGUCACAACGCAUCGUGGCAUCCUGGUUGCUUUGCAUGCUGUGUGUGUCAAGAGCUCCUGGUGGAUCUAAUCUACUUCUACAGAGAAGGCAAGGUUUACUGUGGAAGGCAUCAUGCGGAGUCUCUCAAACCUAGGUGUGCUGCCUGCGAUGAGAUAAUAUUUGCAGAUGAGUGCACUGAGGCUGAGGGUCGUAGCUGGCACAUGAAACAUUUCUGUUGCUUUGAAUGCGACACACAGCUAGGAGGUCAGCGCUAUAUCAUGAGAGAAGGACACCCGUACUGCUGUCAGUGCUUUGAAAGUCUGUUUGCAGAGUAUUGCGAUGCUUGCGGAGAAGCCAUAGGAGUUGAUCAAGGUCAAAUGUCGCAUGAAGGCCAGCACUGGCAUGCCACGGAGAAGUGCUUCUCAUGUUGUACAUGCCACCGGUCAUUACUUGGGCGACCUUUCUUGCCAAAGCAUGGACUCAUCUACUGCAGCAGUGCGUGCAGUCGGGGAGAACUGGCAGGGAAGGAUGGCAAAGAAACCCUGCACAUUGCCAAGGACAGUAGGACUGAUAAUGAGAGUAGGAGUCGGAGACCGAUUAAUCUUGACGAUUUAAACCUGGACAAUUUGAGUGUUGUUGCUUCGGAGACAGGAAGGGAAACAUCUCUCAAGAGGAGUAGAGACAUGUCAAGAAGGUCGUUACCUGAUCUACGGAAUGGUCCCUCAACGGACUACAGUAGACCUAGGAGUGCAAUGCAGGAAAGACGGAGGAAAGCAAACAGUUCCUCCUCGCAAAACCUAUCCAUGCACAAAGGCCAGAGACAUGAUCAGCAGGGAAGACCGCAGCCUCCUCCCAGGCCUCCUUCGCACACGCAGGUGGAUGCUAGGAAUCAAGGAGGAGCGGUGGACUUCAGGACAGCAACCAACACGAUUGGAGGUGCGCGGUCUAUGCAGGCAUCGACUGUGAGCACUCCUCAGCAUAAGCGAUAUCAGACGGCAUACAGUGCACAGCAGCAGCAACAACAUCAGCAGAAUGGGAUGAGACAAGAUGUCACGAGACAGGAUGGUCUAAGGUACGACCAGCAGCGGAAUGGACAGCACCAGCAGCAGAAUCCUCACUUUAAUUCCUAUGGGAGGAACGAGAGGAAAGGCUUCUCUGAACAUCGGUAUGAAGAGCCACACAAGAACAAUCGGCUUCGCAGCGAGAGCCACCACAACAAGCUCUGUGACAAUUACGAAGAGCUGGAACCUGUGUCGCACCGCAAGGACAUGCAGAGGAGAGCUUCCAUCAAGUCCGAAGGUGGUGAUCGCUACAGUCCCAGGAGGAGACCAAACGAGCACAUGACAAGAUCGGCCUCUCAGUUUGAUCGUCAUGCCGAUACCUAUCACUCCGAGCGCGGUCGGGAUGGUCAGUACGGCUCGCAAAGGAUGACAAGAACUGUCUCAUCCCAUAUGCGAUAUGAUAAAUACAACCGCUAUGAAGAUGAUUACUACUAUUCUUCUUCUUCCUCAGAUGAUGAGGAUGACUACUUCAUCAGUUCUCGCAGUUCAUUUAUCAGCGCAGGGCCCAAGAUCCGAUACGUCGAGAGGGGUCCUGCUAGGGUGCAAAUCAACACCCUCCCCACUGUACAUUAUCCCAGAGAUGGCAAAAAGAAGAAGUCUAGAUCCAAGAAAAAGGGCAAUUGCGCUGUCUCUUAAGGUUUCUGUUGAACAAAGACCAAUUUCCAGCCUGUGUUUUCCACUGUGUUUCCAGGUUUUAUUGAUGGCCAUGAAUGUAUAUUGUAUUCACCAAUUCUUUUCAAAUAUAUGUGAAGAGAAAGGAUAAUGACACCUUAAUGAUCAAACUGCUUUUUAAACUCCAUUCAGUUUCAUAUUGGAACAAAAUCAUGAUUUAUUUUUCAAAUCAUUGUUCAGCAUAUGAAAUUUCUCAAAAGACUGAUUUAAGUAACAAAUCUUCAUGUAAUGAAUGUUAUGAAUUUCUGUUUCGAUGAUUUGACUUUGAUUAGAAAAUGGUUUUAGUGCAAUUUUGAAUUGAAAAGUUAUAAGACUUUAAGAGCCUUGUUUUCUGAUGAGAGGAUCCAAUUUAUAACCAUGUAUCAAUCGAGUAUCAACGAUAGACUCAUAAAAGUACUUUUGUGAUGAGGUUUAUUUAAAGGAAAACAAAAAUAUAUCGAAAGCUCAGUGAUUAUAAAACCUCUUUAAGCAUAUUUACGUACUUCAUGGGAUACAAUUAGAAUGAUCUGUUUUGUCUACGCACAUGAUCAUGUACAUGUACUUUUAGUUUUCAAAUUACUAAAAACUCAAAAUUACCUUCAUUUCAUUAGUGCAAUUUGAAUCAAGAGUUAUGUGAUCUUAUUUUGUCAAUGGUUUGUAAUUUGUAUUGAAUGCUGAUUAUGUAUUCUGUAAUUUUUGUGUUAAUAAGUAUUCAUUUAAGCCUUAAAAAAUAUUUUUAAUGCCAUUUUACUGAUGAUCAGUUUCAAAAUGCAAGUGUUCUUUACCCUGGACGCUGUCUUACAAGAGUUGCGAUAGAUUUAAAUUACAUAUUGCGAUUGAUUGAAAACAACAGAAUCUGUAUGUAAAAAGAAUUGAAAACAGAUAUACUGAAGCUUUUUGACAUGCACUCGUCAGAGUAAAAUCACAUGAAUUAUCAGAAUGCUAGAGCGAAUUGUAAUAAAAUUGAAAGAAGCAGUUGACGCUAAUUUUGCAGUACCCAACACUUAUUCACUUAGUUGAAAUGCAAUUGAAAUCAACUAUUCAUCAAUAUUAAUUUGUAUCUAUCACAAAUCUUUGUAAGACAUGGCUCUGUUUAGCAAUGUUUGAAUGCUCCUAUUUUUUUUUAUUGAAGUUCAGAACAAUAUAGAGAUGGCAUAAUAUGGAAUAAAAGAACCCCUAAGCUUUCUUGAUGUAUUAACCUUAUGUGUUUCAAAGAACAUUCAAAAGAUACUUAGUGCUGAAAUCAUACAGCAAGCUUUGAAACUCUUCAAUGGUAUUCUUGACUCCAUCAGUUCAUAUUAUAUCUUCAAUAGACGUAAAAAAAAUAUCCUUUUUGCUCUCAUUUGUUUUAUUUCCUGUUCCUCACAGUAUGAAAUCUUUUUAUAAAAGUAGGGUACUCGGUACCAGAGAUCUGUUUCAUUACGGUAAUCUUUUUUAUCAGUGGCAAGUGAGAAACUUUUGUUAUAAGCUACUGAAAUGGUGUCGUAUGAUUGGCCAAGAACAAAUUUGUCAUAAAAAUUCUUUGCAUUUGUGAAGUUAGGCCCAGAUAUAAAAUGAAAUACGAAAAACCAACAAACGAAUUGUAAUGUAACUAAAUGUGUAUUUCUAUCACUUUUUUUUAAUUACAGGUAAAUUUGCAUAACAACCUUCCAAAAGUGAAAUAUUUGCUCAAGUCAAAGCAGUUUUUCAAACCUGAUUAUUUAAAACAUAUGUGAAUAGUUGAACAGAUUUCUGCAGUCCCAACAUAUUUGGCUUUGGCAAGGUAUUUGCAAAAUGCUUAGAGAUGUUGUCUCAAUGUAUUCCAUGUAAACACUUGAAGAAAGGUUGGGUUGUUCUCUCUCUUGAAUAUCUUGCAAGAUAAAUGUUGGAUAAGCAGAAUAGAAACUUUUGUGAUUAGGGAUUGUAGAAUGCAGUUAGAAUCCAUAAAUAAUCUGAGGAAGUCUUGAAAAUUAAAAAGCUUAUUCAUAGAAAAUAGGUUCCAUCCUCUGUAUACUCCAUAGGUUCCAUCCUCUGUAUACUCCACUCCAUUCAAAUGGAAUGGUUUGAAAAGACAGAGAAAAAUAAAACAAGAAUAACAUUGAAAAUUUAAUUGAAAUUGGAUGUAAAGUAUAUGUAAGAAGGAAUUGACAUUUUGCUGAAUUUUAAGAUGCACAUCAUGUUGGGUAUGCAUGUGAGAAUAUCGAUGACGUCACUCACUAUAUCUUUUGUAUUUCAUUACAUGAAAUGUGAAGUAUCCUAAUUUUUCCUUAUAAUUUAAUGUGAAAUGUUUGAUUCUCCUUGAAUAUGUGGGGUUGGCAUUGUUGUAACCUAAUGUGACUCAAUUUCAUUUUUCCUCAUGUUUAAUAUACAAAUAAAAUUUAAAAUAUUCUAUAUUUCAUAUAAUACAAAAGAAAUGGUUUUUGACAUUGAGUUUCUCAUUUACAUAUCACCCAUGUUGUGCAUGUAACAGUAACUGUUUUUAUGAAAAUGAGUGAAGCUUUAAAAUAUCAUAACUUCCUAGUUUUACAUGAGAGUUUGAUGACAUUUUAAGUAUUAUGCUUGUUUGAUUUUUCUCCAUGUAUUCCACCCCACUUAUUCCUGGGAUGGACUUGCCAUUCAAGAUUUAGUACUUAAUAACAGUACUAUUACAGAUCCUUCAUUUGACAUUACUAAUAUUGUCUAUUUUCGUACUUAUUCAGGCAAAUACAGCCACAGAAACCUUGAUGAAAUAGAAAUCAAAAUUUACCACGGAGAAAUAGCAUCUCGUAUACAUGUAAAGUUUUCUUGGAAAAAAUAUUGAAUGUUUUCAGCUUUUACCGUCAUGUGUGAGUUUGUCAUAUGCUUGUUGUAUUCAAGAAUUUUCAGACAUGAAUGAUCAACUCUUGUACAUAUAUACAUACACAUAAAAAUAUAUAGUUCAUGAUGUACAUGUAAAUAUACACUAAAUUAAUGGUAAAUACAUGUAACUUGUAUAAAUAGGAAAAUGUGGGAGUAUGGGAUAUUAUGUAUACAUUAAGAAAAUAAAAUAUCUUGCGUAUGAUGUAGUAGAAAGU